AUGGCGGAGGACGAGCCGAGGCGGCCGCAGCUCGACAUGCCCCUGGUCCCGGACGAGUACCUGACCAGGCAGAUGCGGCUGCGCGUGGAGAGCCUGCGGCAGCGCGGGGAGAAGCGCCAGGACGGCGAGAAACUGCUGCGGCCGGCCGAGGCCGUGUACCGCCUCGACUUCGUCCAGCAGCACAAGCUGCAGUUUGAGCGCUGGGACGUGGUGCUGGACAAGCCGGGCAAGGUCACCAUCACGGGCACCUCCCAGAACUGGACGCCCGACCUCACCAACCUCAUGACCCGCCAGCUGCUGGACCCCACUGCCAUCUUCUGGCGCAAGGAGGACUCGGAGGCCGUGGAUUGGAAUGAGGCCGACGCCCUGGAGUUCGGGGAGCGCCUGUCCGAGCUGGCCAGGAUCCGCAGGGUCAUGUACUUUCUCAUCACCUUCAGCGACGGCCUCGAGCCCGCCAACCUCAAGGCCUCCGUGGUCUUCAGCCAGCUCUGA